GUUGCCUGGCAAGUCAAGAGGGAGAAGGAGAGAAGAUUAAACCAUGAACCUUGUUAGUGUGUCAUCCCGAAGCAUGGAGUUCACCGACUGUAUGAAACCCACUGACCUGUCCGCAGAGAAAAAGGGGAUGAAAAGGAAAAACUGGAGAAACAGAAUGGGUUUCUUCUUGAAAAUAAACUCAUCCCAAUCAAUAUUACAUCUAAUGAAAAACAGACCCUACAGGCCAACUGCCGAUGAUGUGAACCAAUGGGCGCAGUCACUUGACAAACUACUCACCCAUAAAUAUGGGAAAGCGGCCUUUUGUAUCUUCCUGAAGUCUGAGUUCUGUGAAGAGAACAUUGAGUUUUGGACAGCCUGUGAAGAUUUCAGGACACUCACAUCGCACAAAGAGCUGGUGUCCAAGGCCAACAGCAUUUACGAGGAGUUCAUUAAAAGUGAAGCUCCACAAGAGAUCAACCUGGAUUUUCACACCAGAAACGCUAUCGUCCAGAGCCUAAACGAGCCCAGCGUGAACAGUUUUCUAGCAGCUCAGAGGAAAGUCUACAGCCUGAUGGAGAACAACUCCUACCCCAGGUUUAUCAACUCUGACCUCUACAAAGAACUGUGCACAGCUGCCAGGGGGAGAGGGCAAGCACAUUAAGUCCUAGUCAAACUAGACACCUUCCCGAAGUCAUUUGUUUACUGCUGUGACUGUGUGAAUAGACCACAGAUGAUGUUCAUUCCAGGCACUGCUUCGAGAUAAUAGACCCGAAUGCAAAUCCUGAGCAUAAACAUUAACAGCAAGUGUGGAAAAUGCAAAACUGAAGCCAUUUUUAGUCUGUCCUGCUGAGCGCUUUUCAAAAAUGAAGUCGGGAUGAUUAGGCUGGAUGCUAUGUGAUGCUGCAGGCAGUCCGAAGGGCAUCUCUACCAGAUGGGAUUAAAGUUACAUUUUCUUCACUGGGCCAUUACCUACACUUUCUUUACCACAUUACUGAGAUGAUUAUAUUUUGAGCAAUGAUGCAGUUCAAGAAAAUGCUGUUGUUAUGCCCCUGCAUUCAAAGUAGAGAAGACUGUGGAUGUCUGUCAAAACACCUUAUGCUUAAACUCUUGCUUCACACUGUACCGACAAUGCUGUUAGAAUGUAUAUUGAAGACUUUGUACUGCUGUCACGUACACAGGACAUGUUGCUCUGCUGGAUUUGCAACAGUUUACACAAAGUGCAAUUUAAGUUAUAUAUAAAUAUGAUAAUAUUCACACCUUUCACUGAAGACUGUACUGUGACGACAUGAUGUGAUGUAAAUACUGUGAUUACAUGAUGUGUUGAAUGUGAAUUUAAGUUUGGGGGGCAGCUGGGCUGCUCCAAAAAUAAAAUUUAUUCUUCAAUACUGAAA